CUGCAAUUUUGAAUGGAUCUUCUACCACACCUGCUGAAGUAGUUACAUUUGGAGAAACUGUGACUUACGAAUGUGAUACUGGUAAUGAGGUGUCGGGAUCAUCUACUGUAACUUGUCAAGCAGACAAGAGUUGGAGCUCAUUACCGGCUUGUACAGCUAUCUCAUGUGGAGCUGCUCCUACAAUUAUCAAUGGAUCAAUGACUUCUACUGGUACUACAUUUGGGGAAACGGCCAAUUACAUUUGUGAUAUUGGUUUCAGUCUGACUGGUUUAUCAACAAUUACUUGUCAGGUAAACCAAACUUGGGAGGUUGAACCUGUUUGCACAGUUGUCUCUUGUGGAGUACCUCGAAUAGUUAAAGAAGGAUCUAGUAAUUUCACUGGGACCACAUUUGGAGAGACAGCUACUUACAGCUGCAAUAAUGGCUACCAUAUUUCUGGUUCAGCCGAAAUAAUUUGCCAGGCAGAUGCGAACUGGGAUGCUGAGCCAGAGUGCUUGCUAGCAGAUUUUUCAUGUGGUUCUCCUCCUGUUAUCCUCAACGGAUCUCCUGGUAGACCAACUUCCGUACUAACUGGUGGAAUAACUACAUAUACCUGCGAUCAUGGAUUCAUCCUAAUCGGCUCAAACACAGCUACUUGUUUGUCAACUGGUGUGUGGACAGCACCAUCUACAUGCCAAACUACUCCCCCAGUCUACUUAUCGCUUUUCUCCACCAACUACUUGUCUACUCUCCCGGAAAUCCCCCUAUCCUCUGUGGGAGAGGGGAAGAACAGUUCCCUUUCCUGCCAUACCGACCUGGCUGCUUGUUGCCGACAGCUGGAUUCAGGAGUGGAGGGUGGUCUAGGAAAGUGGCAUUAUCCAAACGGAACAGUUGUAGUGACAGAUAAACUACGGGAUGAUCUGUAUACAACUAGGGAACAGAAGAUGGUCAGUUUGAAUCACAAGAAUGCUACCAAUGUUUCAGGUGGUGUGUACUGUUGCGUUGUGCCUACUACUCAAGGAAAGCAGUCUAUUUGUGCAAACUUAGAUAAAGAUGUGAAGGAGUUUGUUUAG